AUGUCUGAAACUAUUCCUUCUCCUACUGAUAUUGGCGCAUUAGCCAACAGAAUUAAUUUGCAUACCAGAGAUGCUCACAAUAAGAUUGAUAAAGCUAUGUCAUUAAAUAUUGCAUUCGCAUUGAGACAUAGAUUUAUUUAUGAAGAUAUUAUUAAGACUUACUAUAUUGUAUUCUCUGCUAUUGAAAAUAAAAUAGAUGAAAUUAUCAAUAUGGCUCCAACAAGUCAAACUGCUACUAUUUUAAAAAGUUUUUAUGUGGAAGAUUUUAGAAGAAAGCCACAAUUAUUAAAAGAUUUAAAUAUUUUAAGAAUUGAUCCAAAUUAUGUUAAUAAUGAAUGGUUAAAGACAAGACCAGAAUUAAACAAUUUUGUUGACUUUAUUAAUAAAAGUACAACAGAAAACCCAAUCACUAUUUUAGCUUAUUGUCAUGUUCUUUAUUUAGCUUUAUUUGCUGGUGGUAGAAUUAUUAGAUCUUCACUUUAUAAGAAUCUAGGUUUUUUACCAAAUUUUGAUCAUUUAACGAAACAAGAAAUGAUUGAAGAAGGUACAAAUUUCUUUAGAUUUGCGCCAACAACAGAUGCAGAAAAUAAAUUAAGAUGGACUUAUAAGAAAAAUUAUGAAUUAAAUACAAGACAGCAAUUAACUGAAUCACAAAAAUUGGAUAUUAUUAAUACCGCAAGUCAAAUAUUCGAUCGUAAUACUGCUGCAUUAUUUGAAAUUAAAGAUGUUAAUAAAGAUGAAUUGAUGCAUAAAUUUAGUUUUAAAUUAAUAACGUUCUUAAUUGAAGAAUGGAAAUUUAAUGAUACUGUCAUUUCACAAAAGACUAAAAAAAAUAUUUUAUUUAGUAUCGCAUUCAUUCAAGCACUAUUAGCUUAUUUCAUUAUUAAAAGAUUGGUUGUGAAUUAUCUUCUAUGA